AUGUCUGAAGAGAAGCCCAAGGAGGGAGUCAAAACGGAGAACGACCACAUUAACCUGAAAGUGGCGGGACAGGAUGGUUCUGUGGUCCAGUUCAAAAUCAAAAGGCACACACCGCUCAGCAAGCUCAUGAAGGCGUACUGUGAAAGACAGGGUCUUUCAAUAAGGCAGAUCAGAUUCCGAUUUGAUGGCCAGCCAAUAAAUGAGACAGACACCCCAUCACAGCUGGAGAUGGAGGAUGAAGACACCAUAGAUGUGUUCCAGCAGCAGACAGGAGGCCACUGCUAA